ACCGAGCAGAAAAAGCAAAGCAAAGCAAAGCCAAAGACUCUGAAACUUCUCUCUCUCCCCCUCUCUCUCUCUCUCUCUCUCUCUGUUUGCAUAGGUUGAUGCUCUUUGAAACCCCUGACACGUCAGAAAGACUCACGUCCACUCGGCCGAGUCCGUUCCAACUCAGUUCGUACGCCUAGCUCGCUCAUGGCGAACAACCACCCGUCGUCCGAGGCCACCUCCAACGACGAUUUCUUCGACCAGAUUCUCGGCAUCCCAUCCUUCGCGUCGGCCGAUACUGGCUUACCCGGAGGCCACGACACCGGCUUGCCCUCCGGCGCGUCGCCGCAUAUGAUGCUCCAGCUCGGCUCCGGCGACGCCUCCGGCGGCUUCCACGGGCAGGUCUUCCCGCUAGGGCUGAGCUUGGAGCAGGGAAAGGGAGGGUUCCUGAAGCCCGAGGAGGCCUCCGGGAGUGGCGGUAAGCGCUUUCGCGACGACCUCGUUGACGGUAGAGCUGCUUCUAUGAAAAAUGUUUUCCAUGGCCAACCAAUGCCCACCACUGUUGCUGCAGCACCACAUCCACCAGCAAUGCGCCCAAGGGUGCGGGCUAGACGAGGUCAGGCCACGGAUCCACACAGCAUAGCUGAGCGGUUACGAAGAGAAAGAAUAGCCGAAAGAAUCAGGGCAUUGCAGGAAUUGGUUCCUAGCGUCAAUAAGACGGAUAGAGCCGCCAUGCUCGAUGAAAUUGUGGAUUAUGUGAAGUUCCUAAGGCUUCAAGUAAAGGUUUUGAGCAUGAGUAGACUGGGCGGAGCUGGUGCAGUGGCACCACUUGUAACAGACAUCCCACUAUCAUCAGUUGAGGAAGAGGGAAGUGAUGGUGGAAGAAACCAACCGGCAUGGGAGAAGUGGUCGAACGAUGGGACGGAACGACAGGUGGCUAAGCUUAUGGAAGAAAACGUAGGGGCAGCCAUGCAGUUCCUUCAAUCAAAGGCUCUUUGCAUCAUGCCCAUCUCAUUGGCAUCGGCCAUUUACCAGACACAGCCACCAGACACCUCUAGUAUUGUCAAGCCUGAAAGCAAUCCCCCUUCAUAGACCUCAGGAAAUGGGUACACUUCCCUCCCAUUGGGUCCCGUUGGAAACUGAUUAUAUGCUCCUUGGUCCCCACACCCACAAAUUUAGUUGUUCCCCUGGGUUCAAAUUGCAAUCAAAGUCAGAUGCCAUAGUUGUUGCUUUUUUCCAUCCUUUUAGCUUUUGUCAAAACAGGGUUUGAUGUCAAUGCCCUAAAAAAUGCAAGCAGGCCCUCCAUGUCUUGCCAGGUUCCGAGUAAAGGUGAAAGAAUUGUCAAAGCUCACUUGAUAUGCUCUUCUUUUGUGUAAAAAUCAAUGGUGGGGGGGAUAGUGGAAUAUGAUGGAAGCACUUUUGUAGUGGGGCUCUCAUUUUUGGUAGUGGGUUGUGGGACCUUCUCAGAAGGAGAUAGAGUAGUAUGUUUCAUUUGUAUAUCUGUUACUCAUAUAAAGCGCGGAAUUGCGUUUAUGUGUUUCACGCACUCCUCCCUUUUUUCUUCU